CCCAGUCUCCACGAGUGGUUGCGCCGUGAAGGGGAAAAAUCUCUCAUCCCCCAUUUUCCCAUGUCCCCUCGGUUGUACCGCCAUUUCUGCUCACUUCAGCAGUCGCCUCAGUCCGUAUUAUCACUCCCAAAUGUUAAAUGUUAUCCCCGAAUACGUGUGUACUCCAACCGAGUACAGAAAUCACACAGUUAGAUCCGAUUUUUUCGUACACGUGCGACCGUACAUUUACUCGUAUCACUGAUUAUGUCCCCUCAUUCCUCCCACCCCCACCUGUCCCCAUUGCUCGGCACUAUUAUUUUUUUACUUUUCGUAAUUUUGGCAGGAGUGAUGAGCGUCAUUAGUGUUGCGCACUAGGUACCCGCCCCCCCUCUCCCGGAUCGAAUAAUAGAAAAAAAAAUAUAUAUAUUCAUUGUGAUAUGGUGGUAGGACAACCCAGUGACCUGGUAUUACACGGGGCUGUCCCUGGGCACUUAAAUCAUGUCAGUUAUGCCAGUUUUCACUAGUGAAGUUGCUGUGGUGGAGUGAGAGAGAGGUGCUGCGGUGUGUGAUUUUAUUUGAUUUUUUUAAUUGGCUAUCACGGGGACGCUCGGCCCUCGGUAAUUAUUCUGGCUGAACAGAGGGAGCCCCUUAUUAAAGUCGCGUAUGCGUCCAACGACGGCGAGGUGAAGGGUUUUGUUUAUCGAAGACCACCACCUAAUUCUUUCGCUAUGAGCGAACAGGAUGUCGAUGAUGUUGCUUUUCUCACGGGAGACAGUAACACAGGACUACACAAGAGGAGUUUGUAUGAGCACAAUGGGGUGGCUGUAUGUUCGCAAAAGCGUGCAUUAUGCAUUGCAACAGUCGUUCUUGCUAUUCUAUUCGCCAUAUCACUCAUCAUCGCUUUUGCGGGACCACAAAAUGACUGUCCAUGCGCGGGUGAAAAGCCUGCGAAUCUGGAGAUCGAGGAUGAGAGUGCUGGGGCAGAGCCAACGGCGACCAACGGGGAGAUAUUUCCCUGGGACAACGUUAGAUUGCCCGCGUUUUCGCAUCCGACUAGAUACAAUAUAACUAUUCAUCCCAAUUUAACAACCCUAGAAGUCAAAGGGCAAGUAACUAUUGAAUUUUACGUCGAUAGAGAGACCAAUUUUAUCGUCUUCCACAGCAAAAAUUUGACAAUAACUGACAGAAUGGUGGUGAAUCGCAAGGGCAACGAGAUGAAAAUCUCAAAAUUACUGGAGUACCCGGCCCAUCAGCAACUGUACCUAGAAGUCGAGGAGGGUAAAUUUCGGAAGAGGGGAAAUUACACGUUACACUUGAGAUUCAUUUCCAAGUUAACGACCGAGCUCGAGGGAUUUUACCUGAGUUCGUACAAGACAUCAGACGGAGAGAACAGGUACCUGGCGACAACCCACUUUGAGCCGACAUACGCCCGCUCGGCGUUUCCGUGCUUCGACGAGCCCCAGUAUAAAGCGAAAUUCAAGGUAUCGAUAUUCAGGGAUCGAUUUCACAUAGCCCUGUGCAACAUGCCAAUCGUGAAUACCGAGGAUGCUGGAUUUUAUAUGGGGACGGGACUGAACAACCCUCCCUUCCAGUUGCGAGACGAAUUCCAAGAGUCCGUGGAAAUGUCAACGUACCUCGUGGCCUUCGUCGUCUGCGAUUUCAAGAGAAUCUCCCAGAUGACCUCCAGAAAUAUAUCUGUGAGUGUCUACGCAGCUGAGUCGAUGCUCUCCCAGGCGCAGUACGCCCUGGCGACAGCUGUCCGCACGAUGGACUACUUCGAGUCCUUCUUCGGGGUGAACUACCCCCUCCCGAAGCAGGAUCUCAUCGCUAUUCCGGAUUUCGCUGCUGGUGCCAUGGAGAACUGGGGCCUCAUCACCUACCGAGAGGCCUCGAUUCUCUACGAUCCUGACGAAACAUCGACAGCUGCCCACGAGUGGGUGGCCUUCAUCAUGACCCACGAACUCGCUCACCAGUGGUUUGGAAAUCUCGUGACGAUGAAGUGGUGGAAUGAUCUCUGGUUGAACGAGGGCGCCGCCAGUUUCUUCGAGUACAUGGGGGUCAACAAUGUGUCACCAGAGUGGAGCACGAUGGAUCAAUUCGUUCUGGACAAGACUCAAGUGGGUCUGGGGCUCGAUGCACUUGCCACCAGUCAUCCCAUCAGCGUACCUGUCAAGGAUCCAGCUGAGAUCGAGGCGAUUUUCGACAGCAUCAGCUAUGCCAAGGGGGCGUCUAUAUUCAAUAUGCUCGAGGGCUUCCUGGGGGAGGACAUCUUGAGAAGUGGAUUGAAUGAGUACCUCAAUGUUCAUGCCUUUGGAAACGCUGAUACCAACGACCUCUGGGCUGUGUUCACCAAACAUGCCAACAAUACGUUUGAUGUCAAGGCAAUUAUGGACACUUGGACCCAACAGACUGGCUUUCCCCUCAUAAUGAUCAGUCGAGAGGGGAAAAUGAUAACUGCGAGCCAAAAGAGAUUUUUACUGUACCCACUGGAUAAUCAAACUGAAACGACUCAAUCAAAAUCGAGUUUCAAUUACAAGUGGUACGUUCCAUUGACGUAUUACACGGACAAGGAGCCGCAGAGGGUUUACACAGUCUGGAUGAACAUGUCCGAUGUGACCUUCGAAAUUCCCGAGACCGUUGAAUUCAUAAAAUUCAACAUGAAUCAGUCCGGUUUCUACAGAGUACUCUACCCGGAUGACAUGUGGACUGCCAUAAUAAAAACUCUGAUGACAGAUCACCAUAAGUUCACACCAUUAGAUCGGGCGAAUUUAAUCGACGACGCUUUCACUCUCUGCGAAGCUGGGGAAAUAAAUGCGACUAUUCCACUGAGAUUAUCACUUUAUCUGAUGAAUGAAAGUGAUUAUGUGCCGUGGGCAACGGCCCUCGGAUAUCUCCACUCGUGGAAACAGAGAUUGGGCGAGAGCUCGGGUUAUAAAAGAUAUACAGCUUUCUUGAAGAAAUUACUGGGACCCAUUUCCAGAUACGUUGGGUGGAAAGAUGAUGGAAAUCAUUUGACAAAACUCCUGAGAAUUGCAGUCCUGCAAUCAGCAGUAGAACUCCAAUUAGAGGACGUUGUGAAGCCAGCGAAAAAUCUAUUCGAGGACUGGAUGCUUCGGGGUAAAAAAAUACCCCCGAAUAUUCGCGACGUCGUCUACGUCGCGGGGAUUAGGUUCGGGGGUGAGAAGGAGUGGCGACACUGCUGGGAGGUGUACAACAAUACGCCGAUACCCAGUGAAAAGAGGAUAAUAUUGCAGGCACUGGGUGCCACGACGGAUCCCUGGUUGCUCCAGCGAUAUCUCCUGAAGUCCCUCGACAGAGAGAGCGUCAAGCCCCAGGACGUUGAGGCCGUCAUCGCGGCAGUUGCUCACAAUCCUGAGGGUCAGUACAUCGCCUGGAGGCAUGUUAAAGCGUAUUGGCCACAGCUGCACACCCUCUUUGGCAACGGCUCCGUGGGACUCGGUCCUCUCAUCUCGUCCGUGGUAUCCGAUUUUUUCACCGAUUACGAUCACCAGGAAGUCACCGAAUUUUUCAAGGGCGUCGACGUCGGUAGUGGGGAACGGACACUCGAGCAGAGUCUCGAGACCAUCAAGUUGAAUAUCAGGUGGGUCGCUAAUAAUGCAGAUGACGUUGAUUCGUGGUUAAUUGAUAAUUUCAAGGAAUAUGCGGGUUAAGGAACAAAUAUCAUUUGUCGAAGUAAUUUUAUUGUGAUUAAUGACGUAGUGUUAUUCGUUGUGUUCCUGGGGAGCGUUUAUCAAUGGACGGCUACUGCUCAAAUCCUCGUGUAUCAGUUUGACAAGCUCUGGAGGAAAAAUUAUUGGAGGAAAAAAUAUGAAUUACUAAUAACUUGUCCACACUCUCCAACCAUUUUUACUCCCGAGGGCUAUUAUUGAAUCAGUUUUAUCCAAAUAUUUGAUAGAUAUAUAACAAUAGAUUUUUAUUUUUCUCAACAACUUGUUCUGUAGUUUCUUUCAUAAUUAUUACCAAUUAUUUCACUGGAUUAAUGACAGUACUUCGAUCGUAGAAUAAUUAAUUUUCAUAUUCUCAGGAAUGCACAAUAACUUAAUUUAAUAUAUUUAAUUGAAUUAGCAUAUCAACAUUAUGAGGUAAAUACAUUUGGUACGAUGCGUUCUUCCCAUUGCAGAUAAAAAAAAAUGUUCUUGUAAUAAUUGUACGAUACAGUAAUUAGACUAUUUUGCCAACAAUCAUAACUCUAUCGACUCGUCAGUGUAUUUCACUGUUAUUCAGAGAAUAGUGACGAAAACCAAAAAUUAUAUUUAAAAAAAUGGAAUGACUAUAUUCAAAAUGCAAAAACAAUAAACCAAAAUAUUAUGUGUCGUGUGCCAUGUGUUCAUGUUGCUACAGGACCUUGUGAUUUUGACGCGGGGUACGUCCAAACGAGUGUGGAUCUAGUUUGUAUAAAAUCCAUACCGAUAGUUUUAAACCAAAAAAGAGCAAAAAAAAAAGAUCUGAUAUUUUACUAUUGGAGAAAGGAAAAUAAAAUCAGUGGAAUAUUUAUUACGAAUGUAUUGCAGCGCUUUGCGUAUGAUAUAUUCAAUUCUUGUUUUUCUUCUCUCUCAUUUUUUGCAAAUAAUGUAUUUCUCAGCUGAUAUUGAUUUUCAAGCACGAGCGUCCGUCCCACAGACAUCUAUCUAUUUCUAUUUGAUAAGAAAAACAAUCCUACGAGAGUCCCUCCUGCUUGCUGAUUAAUUAUCAUUGCUUUUUCUUGAUUCAGGAGUGAAGUGGUGAAGGGAGAUAAAAAAGAAAAAUUUAUAGAGAAAUAAUGCCUAGAAUUUUUUUUAAUCGUGUGAAAUACUUCACCACUUCACAGCAAAAUCAAAAAGCGGAUAAAAUAUUAUAAGAAUAUCCAGUACCAAUUGAACGAUUAUAUACCGUAUACCUUUAUGUGAUGGCAUUUUCCUGUCAUUGUCUGAAUACGUAGAUUUUUAUACACUUCGAGACGAAUGAAACAAAAAAAAUUACAAACAAAAAUGAAAAUGGCGAAUUAACAAAUCGACGCACAAGCUAGAAAUUUACAUGUAAAUAGAGUAUUUUUUCACUGAUAUUUCUCGAUCAUCGGAAGAAUGAAAAAAAAAUU